GUAUUUCGCGUGACAAUUAAGCAUUCUGACACUUAAACCUGUCUAUAGCUGGUUACAAUGCAUCUGGUAGGUAUCUUGAUCUACACCUUGUUAAUUACAGCGCAAAUUUGGGUUUUGCCGCGCACUUCAGGAUAUUGCGCGAGGUCGGGCACGUUAGUUGAAGUCGUAAAGUGCUAGGGUUUUAUCGUUGGGUCUCAAAUGUCUGAUUACGCUGCAUUCCAAACUUUGUUGUUACAACUUCAAAGCUCGGAUAACGAAUCUCGUACACGUUCUGAGACGGCGUACGAUGCCAUUACACCAACAACUCGAUUCACUCUGCUCCUCCAAGUGUUAAAUGACAAGAGUAUUGUCUCUCAGUCUCGACAUAUGGCUGCGAUUCUCGCACGCCGGCUACUAGUCAAUGAUUAUGGUUCAGCAUUCUUGCCUCUUCCAGUCGAAGCAAAAAAUUCAGCUAAGCAACAGCUAGUUUUAAUUUUAGUUCAUGAAAGAGAACAAUUAAUGCGCAGAAAAGUAGCUGAUCUGAUCUCCGAACUGGUUCGAAUGCAAUCCGAUGAUGAUGGUAAUUCUGAAUGGCCAGAAUUCACUUCCAUUUUGCUUGAAUGGUCAAAUUCACCUGAUUCCGGGUUACGCGAAAUCGCCUGCCACAUUUUUGGAUCAGUCCCAUCACUAUUUGGAAACCAACAGGCACAGAGCAUAGGGAUUAUUGGUCAGUUUCUGGUCAGGGCUAUUUCUGACCCUUCAAGUUCAGAGCUUAGAGCUGCAGGGCUACGUGCCUUAGCUGCCUUUACUGUUCAAAAUGCAACUGAAGACUCUGUACUUCAAUCUCUCCGAGAAUUGGUUCCCGUUGCACUACAGGCUAUUGCUACUGCUAUCCAAACAGAUUCAGAAGAUGAUACACCUCUAAAAGCUUUAGUUGACAUUGCAGAUGCUGCGCAUAAAUACUUAAGACCUUAUCUAGCGCCUACAUUGGAGUUAUGCUAUAAGAUAUUGUGUAACGAAGAGCUUGAGGAAACACAAAGACAUCUAGCCUUGGAAGUGAUUGUUACACUAGCAGAAAAUAUACCAGCAGGUGUACGAAAGUCAGCCAGUUUAAUCGAGUCUCUUGUCGGAACAUUGCUCAACAUGAUGUCAGAAGUUGAUGAAGAACCUGACUGGGCUGAUGCUGACACUGCAGAAGAGGAGGAUGACAGUAGUAAUGCUCUCACGGCGGAACUUGCGCUUGACAGGUUAUCAUGUGCUGUAGGUGGUCAACAUAUCUUAAAUGAAAUCCGUCGAUCUGUCCCAAAUAUGCUGCAAAACGCUGACUGGAAGCGACGGUAUGCUGGAUUAAUGGCAAUUUCCGCAUGCAGUGAAGGGAGCAGCAAACAGAUGGAGACUAUGCUUGGUUCUAUAUUAGAUGCCGUCCUCCCUCGUCUUAGUGAUCCGCAUCCACGUGUUCGAUAUGCAGCUUGCAAUUCUGUUGGACAAAUGGCAACGGAUUUUGGUCCAAAACUACAGAAAACUCAUCACAGUACUGUGCUCCCAGCAUUAGUCCAAUCACUUAACGAUACAGUGCCUAGAGUACAAGCCAAUGCUGGGGCUGCUCUAGUCAAUUUCUGUGAGAAAGUACCACAGCACAUUCUGGUAAAUUACUUGGAUGAUCUGGUCUCCAAACUCGAACAAAUAAUGAAUUCCAAGUUUCAGGAGAUGGUGGAGCAUGGUCGCAAGUUAGUGCUCAUGCAAAUAGUAACAACUGUGGCAUCUGUUGCUGAUGCAGCUGAAAAGAAGUUCUUACCGUAUUAUGAUCGUUUUAUGCCAGUUCUAAAGUAUAUAAUGGAAAAUGCUAUACACAAAGAUUUACGUCUAUUGCGUGGUAAAACUAUUGAGUGUAUAAGUCUUAUUGGAUUGGCUGUUGGAAAAGAAAAGUUUAUUCAGGAUGUCGGUCCGGUAAUGAAUCUAUUACUUCAAACUCAAACGGAUUCUGAAUCAUCAGAUGAAGAUGAUCCUCAAGCUUCUUAUAUGAUUAGCGCUUGGGCACGAAUCUGCAAGCUAUUGGGUCGUGAUUUCGAAAGUUAUCUUCCUGUUGUUAUGCCACAAGUAUUACGCUCUGCCUGUGUAAAACCUGAGAUAUGUAUCCUCGACAAUGAUGAAGCAGACGAUGUAGAAUCGGAUGUUGAUUGGCAAGUUGUCAAAUUGGGAGAGGACCGUAAUUAUGCAAUUCGUACAAGUGGACUAGAAGACAAAGCAACAGCUUGUCAGAUGCUGGUUUGUUAUGCACGUGAAAUGAAGGAGAGUUUUGCUCCUUAUUGUCAACAAGUUUUGGAUAUUAUGGUCCCGUUGCUUGACUUCUAUUUUAAUGAUGAAGUUCGUAGUGCUGCUGCCGAAUGCUUACCUUUUCUUCUUAGUAGUAUGAAGGUUAAGCAACCAGAAUUGGUGAAAGCUGCCUGGGAACGUGUACACAAAAGUCUUAUACGAGCAGUAACCAGCGAACCUGAACGUGAUGUUGUAGCAGAUCAUCUACAAGCACUUGCAAAUUCUAUCGAAGCAGUUGGAAAGACUUACGUGACAAGUGAUCAAUUAGCUGAAAUUCGAAAACUGUUAGAUCAUUUGUUUCAUGAACAUUUUGAAAAAAGUGACGAACGUCUUGCACAACGACAGAAUGAAGAUUAUGAUGAAUUCGAAGAAGAACGCCUGUUAAGUGAAAAAGAUGAAGAUGAAUAUGUUUUAUCAAAAAUGUGUGAUAUUGUUCAUUCCAUUUUUGCUGCUUUUGGUGUUGAAGCACUUCCUUUCUUUCAACAACUUAUGGUCUUCUGUGUCAAACUCCUGGAACAAAAUCGUCCUUGGUCAGAUUUGCAGUGGGGCAUCUGUUUAUGGGAUGAGGUAAUUGAAUUUACUGGAACACAGAGUUGGCAAUUUCAUCAAUUCUUCUUGCCUACAUUUGUCCAAGCUGUACAUCACCAGCAGCCGGAUGUUCGCCAAGCUGUUGUUUAUGGGAUCGGUGUAGCUGCUAUAAAAGGCGGUCCUGAGUAUAAUCAAAUAUUGUCUGAUUUUGUUGGACCACUUAUACAGCUUAUUGAAGCCCCAGAUUCAAAGUCUGAAGAAAACAAUUUAUGCACCGAAAACGCAAUUAGCGCUGUCACAAAGAUUAUGAAAUAUCGACCUGAAUGUUUACCGCCAGCACUAGGAGGUAUUGACGCUUUGAUCGUUCGAUGGUUAGGUUGGCUUCCUAUAUGUGAUGAUACUGUAGAGACUGAACAUGUAUACGGCUAUCUAUGUGAUCUUAUUGAAGCCAACAAUCCUGUUGUUAUUGGGCCGGAUAAUUCCAACCUACCCCGUAUCGUUCGUGCUAUCGCUGAAUCUAUGUCUACUGGCGGCUUGUUUGAUACAAAUGCUGAAGAAAAUCGAUCGAAAUUGGAAACGGUUAAUGAGACCAGUGGUUUCAAUCAGCAAAACGGUUUGGAAAAACCUUCCGCUUAUCAACGAUGUGUAUCCAUACUGCGCCACAUACAAUCUAAUUCAUCUUUGGUAGAGGUUUGUGUCAGUCAAUUAAAUGAAGAACAACGUAAAGCUCUUGGAAUUGCUUUAAUGGGUCAUUAAUAUGAAUAAGAUAGACCAUUUCAUAAAAUUAAUUUUAUGCCUAUUCUGAUUGUUUAUAGACGUGGAUAAAUUUAAUUUAUCAUUCUAAUUAAUAUCUUUACUAUUUCCCUCUUUAUAGAGAAGUAUACUACAUUACUUUAUUAAUGUUUUGUAGAUCUUGUAAAUUAUUCCAAAAAGUGUAGAAUAAGCACUUCCUAUUUGAAAAGAAAAUAUUUUUUUUCUCUCUCUUCUAUCUGCAUGGAUAUUUCAGUUUUUUGCCUACUUUGUUAUGGUCUUCUAUAAACUAAAUUGUAUGCGUACCACCGAAAUCUUUUUUUUAAAAAAAUUAAACUAAUCAGAUUCAAAUUAUGACAUUGUUUGACCCUUAAUAUGUAUCGUAUAUGUUCAUAUAUGUAUUGGUAUCUGUUUCAGUGUUUUUCUGAAUAACUUUUCUCAUGUGCUUUCCUCAUAUAGAUUUUCCCUUGGAUCAGGAUAAUAAAUGUAACAUAUGUGGUUUAAUUUAAUUAACCGUUUUCAUUUCAGUCAGUACUUCAAUAUUCAUGUAUGUUUUAAUCUGAUGCUGUUAGUCAUAAAUAAAGUAAGCUUAGCUGGUUGGUUAUCCAUUAAUUGGCAUCUCGUAAAUUUAAAAGUUUACAGGAGGAAAAUUUAUUUGUUCAUUUCUAUGUAACAGCAUUGUUAAAUACAAAAUGUCUAUCUCGUCUCCCUGUUACUAACAAUAGUGGUAUUGAGCCUGUCAUUAAUUUUUUUCCAAAGAAGAACAAGUCUUAAGUUAGUUCUAGUUACAUCGAAACUGUAAUGUAUGUCGUAGUUCAGAGGGACCAAGCAUAUUUGUUGUUAAAGGUGACUUCAAAAUUUUAGAAUUAAUGAACAGUUUUCAAUUGUUUAAAAUGAAGCAUUAAUUGAAAGGAUUAUACAUUUAUUUGAUUCAGCUGAACUUUCAGAAGAUAAUGUAUUCAAAGAUAAUAUUUUCGAAGCACCAAUUACUCAGUACACAAUGCUCCAUUCCGAAAUAAAAUUAAUUUUCUCUCUCGAUAGUUAUAGCACUUAUUUCUUAUUGUUCAGUGAGCAUCAACAGUGAAAUUGCGUUCCGUGUUGAUUUUUAUUUAUGAUAAUCAUCAAAUAUUCCGAUUUCAAUCGUUGAGUUUCAGUAAAUUGUAACAUUCAAGACGAACAAAAUAAUCUCAUACACUUAAGAAUUCAUUAAAUAGUAAUAGCUAAGCAAAUUAUUCCACAUUAUAUUCAAUGUAUUCCAGGCACUACUAAUUAAAAAAUGGCACCAGUCAAUCUUGAAGUGAAAAACUUAUGUAAGCACAUUACUCUGUAGUUUGUAGCAUUUUUGAAGUCCAGUGUGAAGGGAAUUAUGUUUUACGAGUACAUAACUUAUAUCCGGAUUAUUCAGCCAUAGUAAACGUAGUACUCAGCAAAAAUUGUCAUCGGCUCGGGUUGUCACUCUAAAUCAGGACAAUGAUCUAGUGGACUGAUAAAAAUCUAAUGAUCAGUGCAUGUAUUUGGCCAGCAUUCCACUUUCAACUGGUGUAUAUACUACUUAUAUCUGUCGACAUCAUUAGCACACACGAACUUCAGAUAUAGCAAUAAUUUCUCAAUUCUGAGCGUUUCACAAUUGAUUGAUCACUGGGUGGUGAUCAAUGUCAUACCUGUCAAGUCCUCCUUAGUGCAGAUCGAAUGCUGUCGACAAAGUUUUACUAACCUUUUUACCUUUUAAAAUUAAAAAAGUAUUGUUAAUGAAUCCAUAUAUUCGGUUGCAAUUCUAUUUCAGUGAUGAGAAAUAAAUCAAUAAUCAUUCAGAAAGUGAAUUACAUACUCAACGAUUACGUCAAUGCAUCGUUAAACUGUCACAACGUAAAAUGUAUUGACUUGUUGGUUUUGCAACUUUAUGAAGCAAACAAUGAAAUUGAUUGAUAAUUGAUUAAAAUUAAUUUUUUAAUUGUAAAAUACAUGACUUUACUUUUACCACUGUGUCAAACAUUAUUAUUAUUAUCAUUGGUUUCUACAAUUAUGCGUUUGUGUUUAAGAUCACUUAAAUUCAUGUCAACACAUCUGUAAAUUUACCAACUCGGUUUUAUGCUUGCUACUCAAACUAUGAAUGAUAGGAAGUAAAAUCAAAAUAGCAAGAGGUAACCGAAGCUACCAAACCCAGUAAAUUCAAUUUUUAAUCCAACCUAAAUGUUUUGAUGAUGUAAUCUCUUUCCACUUCAGUAUACCUUACUCUAAAAUAUCAUCAGAAUAUUUAUGUGUGUGUUGGGAUACUAUCCGAGUACUGAAAUGGAAAUAAGUAUUUUUCUUAAGGGGCAAUUCGCUGAGCCAUUAAUCUAAAGGUCUAGUCCGUAGGACAAUGGGGUACGUCAGGAGAUACUGUCCCAUGUCAACCAGUGGCUAAAAAUAUGUUCGUACACCAUUCGUUCUCUAUAGAUCCAGGGGCGCGUAAGCACCUUAGUCUCGAAUUAGAGUCUUCCGAAUCUCCCAGGUAUAUCCUGAGUAUUUACCAACAUAGUCAAUUGAUGGACAUUUGUUUUUCAUUCACUCACUUGUGUAAAUAAAACUCCUUCAACGAGGAGAUGCUGAGAAAACCUUCACAGGCAGUGGGCAGUAUUUCAAAAGGGAGAAUGGACUAUCUCCAUCCUCUGUCGUGUCAGAGCAAUUGAUAUGCAUAACUUCUAUUAUUGACAUCAUAUACAAUUCAUUUAGUUUAUUUGAAACUUUCUCACAUGUGACAGAGAAUGAUGGUGAGAAAUUCGCAUUCAGUGAUUAUUUUAUUAUGGAAAAAUAAGAAUAUGAUUCAAUCAAGAAAUUUCAAGAGAAUUUUCCUUUGUUUUGAUAUGUUGCUUAUUUUCAUAAUAUGUGUAACUCUAUUAUUUGACUUAAUUUCAUAAUUAUUAUAUUCUAUCCAGUCUUUGUAAUAAUCCUAAUUCAGUUUUGAUUCGACCACUAAAUACAAAUAACAAAGUUGAUUGUUUAUAUUUAUUACUAUGUUCAAUAAGUCGUUAUAUAUAUAACUAAAUCACUGGGAAGAGUUCACUUCACUGAAUCACAUUUUUGUUUCUCAUGUAUCAUUAUAGAUAUUUGGGGGGGGGUAUUCAAGAUUAAUUCAAUGUGACAACAGAGCACAUAUUUCACUUUUUAUUAAUUUUUUAUAUAAAGGGUCAAUAAUAUGUCAUUGGAUCAUUGGAAAUUCCUGUUGUAUCCCGAUAAGAAUAAUGAAUGAUAAUUUUUGGGAUCCAUUUAUGAACCAAUAUUAUGAGUAUAUUUUUAUCGUAUAAUUGUCAUGUAACUAAACUGUUCAUAUUCAUGCCCCUUUUAUUGUGAGCUUUAUUUUGACCUAUGAACUAUUAUUAUACGAUUUACCAUUCAUGAAUUAUUCCCUGUCUGUUAAUCGCUACCUCCCUCAUUCACAGUCACAUCUGGCUAAUUGUUGUACAAAUGUUGUUUCAUAUUUUAUUGGUACGUUGUGGUCGGUUUCUUUGGUAUAUGAACUCAGUAUCCUUGAAAUAUAAUGAUUCAUAUCUCAGAGGCUGAGACUUGUGUUCUGGACUCAACUGGCUGGGCUAGACAGGGAAGCAGGGCCAAUCGGGACUCUUGGUCGUUCUUACGUGUUUUACAUGUCUUUGGUCCGAUCGAUAAUACCCUGCGCUCUAAUCCACAGUCACAAGCUAUAACAAUUCCCAAUUUCCAUUUACUUGAUUUUGUACAGAUUUCAUUGAAUGACUAAUUCAUGAAGUUACAGUUCAUGAAAUAAUAUUUUAUCGAACUAAUAACUUUAGUCAUAUUUAUCAUGAUCAUUUAGUUGGUUUGAUCAAAAACAAUGCUGGAAUGAUCAAGUCAAUACUUUGCUCUUGAAACUGAUCAUCAACUGAGAAUACUUGUCCGAAGACUACAACUAAUGA